UUCACUGCGCAGGCGCGCGAGUCGCGGGAAGACUCUGCGCGCACUCUGACCCGGCCGGCCGCGCAACACGAACGCUUUUGAAUUUGGAACAGUUUUUGUUUUUUUUAAUUUUGUUGUAAACGGCCAGUGUGUGGUGACGUUUUGUGUUUUCGCGUGUGCAAGGGCCCCAUGAAGCGGCUGUCAUGCGCAUAGCGGCACUGAUUGCACUCGUGCAGCUGUCGCUCGCUACAGCUGCCAGCGAUGCCUUCACCGGCACCCUCACAGCCGCCGAGCUGAACCUCCAGCUGGCCAAUGACAUCUCUCCAUUCUACGAGAGCUCCGAAGACACUGGAGUGAGCUUCGUGAGGGGCGCGCGCGCAGUUGACUCGAUCAACUCGCCUGAGAUUGACGUCAAAUGCUCGGGGGAUUUUAUCGAUGUGACUGUCGAGUUCCCCGAUGUGUUUGAUGGCAUUAUUUAUAGUAAGGGUCACUUGAAUGACCCUAAAUGCAAAUACGUGAGUCUCGGAGGCAGCCAGUCCCGCUACUCGUUCCGAGUGCCGCUGACCGGCUGCGGGUCGCGACCGCUGUGCAACGCGUGCGGGACCAUCGACAACGUGCUCGUGUUCCAGGCGGAUGACUUCGUGCAGGGGCCGCAGGACUUCGCUAGGAAGGUGUCAUGCGCCAGCACGCAACUAGAAGUCUCCACGGGCGUGGCUCGCCAAGACCACGUGCUGAAGCUGAAACCCUUCAUGGUGGACAUGCUGGACGUGGUCGCGGUCCAGGGCCCGGCCGGCGGCGUCGAGUGCUGGAUGGACAUACAGAGGGGCGUUUACCCUAAUACGACGCCACUGCAAGACUCCAUCAAGAUCGGCGAGUACCUGACGAUCCUGGUCUACUUGAAGGACGUGAGGAACCAGUUCAACCUGAAGAUCCACGACUGCUGGGCUUACGACAGCGAGAGCUAUGACAGUCCCAAGACCAACAAGAUUCAACUUACUGAUAAAACUGGAUGCCCCAAGAAGAGGAAACUGAUUGACUUGUUCCAAAAGACCACGAAUACUGGCAAGAGUGGAGCCACUUUGAUCGCUUAUUCCAAAGUGAGCGCUUUCCGCUUCCCAGAAACAGAUCAAGUUUAUCUGACUUGUAACGUUGAGCUAUGCACAAGCAACUGCGACUCAAGUUGUGGAGAAAUCACUGAAAUCUCAUCAACAUUCAGACCGCAGCAGCAAUGCUACCCCGGCUCCCGGGACCCCGCCUGCCAGACUGUCACUGCUCCUCCUCAAGUGCAAUGUUACCCAGGAUCUACCGACCCUAGGUGCCCAAGGAUCGUACCCGACCAGCCCAACUGCUACCCCGGCUCAACCGACCCUAGGUGCCCCAAACCACCCACCAUAACAACUCCAGCACUCAACUGCUACCCAGGAAGCUCAGACCCUAGAUGCCCGAAACCUCCAACCGUUAGUGAACCUAACUGUUAUGAGGGCUCAACCGACCCUAGGUGUCCACGACCCACUACGAAUGCUCCCACUUACUUGCCACCAACGGCUGUACCAACUACACCGGAGGCGCCAAGGUGCUACCCUGGCUCGUCUGACCCGAGGUGCCCUAAGCCUACUACCCCUGAGCCUCCGAGGUGCUACCCAGGAAGCACGGAUCCAAGAUGCCCACAACCUACCACGCCUGCUGCCCCUCGUUGUUACCCCGGCUCUAACGACCCUCGCUGCCCGAAGCCAACCACGCCAGCACCACCAAGCUGUUACCCUGGAUCUACUGACCCUAGGUGCCCUCGGCCCACGACCCCGGAACCUCCUCGCUGCUUCCCGGGCAGCACUGAUCCAAGAUGCCCCAAGCCAACCACACCAGCAGCACCCAACUGCUACCCUGGUGCGACCGACCCCCGGUGCCCCAAGCCGACUACCCCCGCUACACCUAACUGCUACCCUGGGUCUAGCGACCCCAGAUGUCCGAAACCGACAACUCCCGAACCACCCAAGUGUUUCCCGGGAAGUCAGGACCCAAGGUGUCCGAAACCUACAACGCCUGCUCCACCGCGUUGUUACCCAGGAUCUACUGACCCACGGUGCCCACAGCCAACCAGCCCUCCUCAACCUCGUUGCUACCCAGGCUCAAAUGAUCCGAGAUGUCCUCAGACAACUCGGCCUACCACAAAUGCGCCCACUUACUUACCACCCACGACGGCCGCUCCAACGACGCCAGAAGCACCACGAUGCUACCCUGGGUCCAACGACCCUAGGUGUCCGCAGCCAACUACACCUGCACCGCCAAGGUGUUUCCCUGGAUCCACUGAUCCUAGGUGUCCAAAACCAACAACUCCAGAACCGCCUCGAUGCUUCCCAGGAAGUACUGACCCGAGGUGCCCUAAGCCUACCACACCGGCACCGCCAAACUGCUACCCAGGAGCUACUGAUCCUAGAUGUCCGAAGCCCAAUACACCUGAACCUCCCAGGUGUUUCCCGGGUAGCCAAGAUCCUAGGUGUCCCAAACCAACCACGCCUGAAGCUCCAAGGUGCUUCCCCGGAUCCAAUGACCCGCGAUGCCCCAAACCGCCAACAACUCCUGCACCGCCAAGGUGUUUCCCAGGAUCAACUGACCCUAGGUGCCCUCAGCCUACUACACCAGCCCCACCUCGCUGUUUCCCUGGCUCAAAUGAUCCCAGAUGUCCUCAACCAACUCGACCAACAACUAACGCACCUACAUAUCUGCCACCGGUACAGACCACGCCAGCCGCGCCAAGAUGUUUCCCUGGUUCAAACGAUCCCAGAUGUCCGAAACCAACAACUCCCGAACCACCCAGGUGUUUCCCGGGAAGUCAGGACCCAAGGUGUCCCAAGCCCACUACCCCUGAACCUCCCAGAUGCUUCCCUGGAUCAACUGACCCCAGAUGUCCGAAGCCUACAACUCCUGCACCACCUAGAUGUUUCCCUGGAUCUACUGACCCUAGGUGUCCUAAACCAACCACCCCUGAGGCACCUAAAUGUUAUCCAGGAUCAAAUGAUCCUAGAUGCCCGAAACCAACAACACCGGAACCUCCACGAUGCUUCCCAGGAUCCAAUGACCCGAGAUGCCCGAAGCCACCAACUACACCAGCGCUACCCAACUGUUACCCUGGUGCAACAGACCCCCGGUGCCCAAAACCCACAACACCUGCCCCACCGCGUUGCUUCCCUGGGUCAACUGAUCCCAGAUGUCCAAAACCCACUACUCCCGCACAGCCGCGUUGUUUCCCAGGAUCAAACGAUCCAAGAUGUCCACAGCCUACUCGCCCAACUACAAACGCUCCUACUUAUCUGCCUCCUACUACACCCGCACCUACGACUCCUGAAGCCCCUAAAUGUUAUAUAGGAUCGAAUGACCCUAGGUGUCCCAGACCCACCACUCCUGAACCACCAAGAUGCUUCCCUGGAUCAACUGACCCUCGUUGUCCUAAGCCGACUACACCGGCCGCACCAAGGUGUUUCCCUGGUAGCCAAGAUCCCCGUUGUCCGAAGCCUACCACCCCAGAACCUCCUCGGUGCUUCCCUGGCUCCACCGACCCGCGUUGUCCUAAACCAACGACCCCUGAAGCGCCUAGAUGCUUCCCAGGGUCCACAGAUACCCGUUGCCCCAAGCCAACCACACCUGCCCCACCGAGGUGUUUCCCAGGAUCUACCGACCCCAGGUGCCCUAAACCUACCACGCCCGCAGCACCGAACUGCUACCCCGGAUCGACUGACCCCCGUUGCCCAAAACCUACAACACCUGAGCCUCCAAGGUGCUUCCCUGGAAGCACAGACCCAAGAUGUCCCAAACCGACAACUCCUGCCGCCCCGAGAUGUUUCCCUGGUUCUAAUGACCCCAGAUGUCCUCAGCCUACUAGGCCAACAACAAAUGGACCCACUUACUUGCCCCCAACAACGGCUGCUCCGACUACACCAACGCCACCCCGCUGUUUCCCUGGAAGUUCUGACCCAAGGUGCCCUAAGCCUACAACUCCCGAACCUCCCAGGUGCUUCCCUGGUAGCCAAGAUCCUAGGUGUCCUAAACCUACUACGCCAGCACCACCUAACUGCUAUCCAGGAGCAACUGAUCCUCGUUGUCCUAAACCAACCACACCUGCCCCUCCCAGAUGCUUCCCUGGAAGUAAUGACCCGCGAUGCCCUAAACCUACCACUCCGGCGCCACCAAACUGCUACCAAGGAUCGACAGACCCUAGAUGUCCUAAACCUACCACUCCUGCUCCACCUAGGUGUUUCCCAGGAUCCAAUGACCCCAGAUGUCCUAAGCCUACUACCCCAGCUGCUCCUAACUGCUACCCUGGUUCAACUGACCCGCGUUGUCCUAAACCAACGACUAACGCCCCAACGUACUUACCACCCGCACCUACCACGCCGGCCCCACCAAGGUGUUACCCUGGCAACACAGACGUGAGGUGUCCUCAGACUACUCCAGCUCCACCCCGUUGCUUCCCAGGCUCCACCGACCCUCGGUGCCCUAAACCAACUACGCCAGCCCCACCCCGCUGUUUCCCUGGAAGCUCAGACCCAAGGUGCCCUAAACCUACGACUCCCGAGCCUCCUAGGUGCUUCCCAGGAUCAACCGAUCCUAGAUGCCCUAAGCCUACAACACCGGAACCUCCUAGGUGCUUCCCCGGUAGCACAGACCCGAGAUGUCCCAAACCUACUACCCCUGCUCCACCGAACUGUUACCCUGGAUCUACAGAUCCAAGGUGUCCUAAACCUACAACGCCUGCCGCACCUAGAUGUUUCCCUGGUUCUUCAGACCCAAGGUGUCCAAAACCCACGACUCCAGCGCAGCCUGCAUGCUAUCCCGGCAGCAAUGACCCCAGGUGUCCUCAACCAACGAGGCCCACAACUAACGCUCCAACAUACUUACCACCCACUACUGCUAAACCUACAACACCACCUGCUCCUAGAUGUUAUCCGGGAUCGAAUGACCCUAGGUGUCCUAAACCAACAACUCCAGAGCCACCGCGGUGUUUCCCUGGUAGCACUGACCCUAGGUGUCCUAAGCCAACCACACCUGCACCUCCAAGGUGCUUCCCUGGUAGCCAAGACCCUCGCUGCCCUAAGCCAACUACGCCAGAACCACCACGUUGCUUCCCAGGGUCUACUGAUCCUAGGUGCCCAAAACCCACUACACCCGCCCCGCCUAGGUGUUUCCCAGGGUCAACUGACCCCCGCUGUCCUAAGCCAACCACUCCGGCUGCACCAAAUUGCUAUCCAGGAUCUACUGAUCCGCGAUGCCCUAAACCUACCACCCCAGCACCGCCAAAAUGUUUCCCAGGGUCCACAGAUCCUAGAUGCCCUAAGCCUACUACCCCUGCUCAGCCUCGCUGCUACCCGGGAUCAAAUGACCCCAGAUGCCCGCAGCCAACUAGGCCCACUACAAAUGCACCUACUUAUUUGCCUCCUACUACUGCAGCGCCGACCACUCCCGAGGCUCCUCGAUGCUAUCCAGGCUCCAAUGACCCUAGGUGUCCUAAACCAACCACGCCAGAGCCACCAAGGUGUUUCCCUGGCAGCCAAGACCCUAGGUGCCCCAAGCCUACAACUCCCGCUCCACCUAAAUGCUAUCCGGGAUCAACCGAUCCAAGAUGUCCUAAACCGACCACACCUGCCCCACCCAGGUGCUUCCCCGGAUCUACUGAUCCCAGAUGUCCCAAGCCAACGACACCAGCUGCACCAAACUGUUACCCUGGUGCAACAGAUCCCAGGUGUCCUAAACCUACCACUCCUGCCCCACCCAGAUGUUUCCCUGGAUCUAAUGACCCAAGAUGCCCUAAGCCAACGACUCCUGAAGGUCCUCGCUGUUUCCCUGGCAGUCAAGACCCUAGGUGCCCCCAGCCUACCACACCGGCUGCACCCCGCUGUUACCCUGGAUCUAAUGACCCUAGGUGCCCACAGCCAACUAGGCCAACAACAAAUGCUCCCACUUAUUUACCACCUGUGCCUACGACGCCGGCUGCUCCUAGAUGUUUCCCUGGAUCUAAUGAUCCUCGAUGCCCUAAGCCAACUACUCCAGAGCCACCACGUUGUUUCCCUGGUAGCACUGACCCUAGGUGUCCGAAGCCAACCACACCUGCACCUCCAAGAUGCUUCCCUGGUAGUCAAGACCCUCGGUGCCCUAAGCCAACUACUCCAGAGCCACCUCGAUGCUUCCCCGGAUCUUCUGACCCGAGAUGUCCUAAACCUACAACCCCAGCUCCUCCAAAAUGUUUCCCAGGCAGCAAUGACCCAAGGUGCCCUAAACCCACAACUCCAGAACCACCAAGAUGUUUCCCCAGUAGUCAGGACCCUAGAUGCCCCAAGCCUACGACUCCUGCCGCUCCACGUUGCUACCCAGGAUCUUCAGAUCCUAGGUGUCCCAAACCAACAACACCAGCUGCACCUAACUGCUACCCUGGUGCAACUGACCCAAGAUGCCCUAAGCCUACCACACCAGCGGCCCCAAGGUGCUAUCCAGGAUCAAACGAUCCUCGAUGCCCUCAGCCAACUCGCCCGUCGACCAACGCACCAACUUACCUACCUCCUGAACCCACAACACCAUCAGCACCUAGAUGCUAUCCAGGCUCAACCGACCCCAGAUGUCCGAAACCCACUACCCCUCAACCCCCUAGAUGCUUCCCUGGCAGCCAAGAUCCUAGAUGCCCCAAGCCUACAACACCUGAAGCACCUAGAUGCUACCCAGGUUCAACUGAUCCUCGUUGUCCUCAGCCCACUCGUCCUACAACUCAAAGCCCACCCACGACAGCUAUAACUACUCCUGCUGCCCCAAGGUGUUAUCCAGGUAGUAACGACCCUAGAUGCCCUAAACCAACUACUCCUGAACCACCAAGGUGUUUCCCGGGUAGUCAAGAUCCUAGGUGUCCUAAACCAACCACACCGGCUCCCCCACGAUGCUUCCCUGGAUCUAAUGAUCCUAGAUGUCCUAAGCCAACGACGCCAGCUGCACCCAAUUGCUAUCCUGGCAACACAGAUCCUAGGUGUCCUCGCCCUACCACCCCUGCUCCACUCCGAUGCUACCCUGGGUCAACUGACCCGAGAUGCCCAACGACUGAGGCUCAGUUCAAGUGCUACCCUGGCUCUAAUGACCCUAGAUGCCCAACUCCUGCACCCCCGACAACGACCAAACAGGUCUGUUACCCAGGGUCUCCCGACCCAAGAUGUCCACAACCCCCGCGACCAACAACUCUGAACCCCCCGACAUACUUACCACCUACCACAGCAGUCACCACACCUUCACCGCCUAGAUGCUACCCUGGAUCUUCUGAUCCUAGAUGCCCUAAGCCUACAACUCCUGAGCCACCCAGGUGUUUCCCAAGUAGUCAAGACCCCAGGUGUCCUAAACCAACCACACCGGCUCCACCAAGGUGUUUCCCUGGUAGUCAAGACCCUAGAUGUCCUAAGCCUACUACUCCUGAGCCCCCUAGGUGUUUCCCAGGUAGCCAAGACCCUAGAUGUCCUAAGCCUACUACUCCUGAGCCCCCUAGGUGUUUCCCAGGUAGCCAAGACCCUAGAUGUCCUAAACCUACGACGCCUGCACCUCCGAAGUGCUUCCCUGGAUCAAAUGACCCUAGAUGCCCUAAACCCACUACUCCUCAACCACCAAGGUGCUACCCCGGAUCAUCUGAUCCUAGGUGCCCGAAACCAACGACUCAAGUUCCGAGAUGCUACCCUGGGUCUCCUGACCCAGCUUGUCCUCAACCACCUCGUCCUACUACACUGAACCCACCUACAUAUUUGCCACCAACAACUGCCGUGACCACUCCUUCACCACCUAGGUGCUACCCUGGAUCUUCUGAUCCUAGAUGCCCUAAGCCUACAACUCCUGAGCCGCCCAGGUGUUUCCCAGGUAGUCAAGACCCCAGAUGUCCUAAACCAACCACCCCUGAACCCCCGAGAUGUUUCCCUGGAUCGAAUGACCCAAGAUGUCCCAAACCAACGACCCCACAGCGUCCAAGAUGUUUCCCUGGUAGUCAAGAUCCUAGGUGCCCUAAACCCACCACUCAGGUACCCAGAUGUUACCCUGGAUCACCAGACCCAGCUUGUCCUCAACCUCCACGACCAACAACAUUAAAUCCUCCCACUUACCUGCCACCUACUACAGCAGCCACCACGCCAUCUCCACCAAGGUGCUAUCCUGGUUCCACUGACCCUAGGUGUCCUAAACCGACUACUCCUGAACCACCAAGGUGCUUCCCAGGCAGCCAAGACCCCAGAUGUCCUAAACCUACGACGCCAGAACCUCCUAGGUGUUUCCCUGGAUCAAAUGACCCACGGUGCCCAAAACCUACCACACCUGAAGCCCCUAGAUGCUUCCCCGGAAGCCAAGACCCUCGAUGCCCUAAACCCACUACUCCGGAACCACCACGUUGCUUCCCUGGGUCGUCCGACCCUAGGUGCCCUAAACCCACCACUCCCGAGCCACCACGGUGUUUCCCAGGCAGCCAAGACCCUAGAUGCCCUAAACCUACCACCCCCGAACUUAGAUGCUUCCCUGGAUCAACCGACCCUAGAUGCCCCAAGCCUACUACCCCUCAAGGACCUAAUUGCUACCCAGGGUCUCCAGACCCCAGAUGUCCUCAACCCUCACCUACUCCAAGUUCAUGUUACCCUGGUUCCAAGGACCCUAAAUGCCCUCAACCUUUCGCCCCUAGCAGUACCAACCCGCCCUCCACUUACCUUCCUCCUUUCCCCGAAGAAAAUGAGGUCCAACCACAAAGGAGUGGCAAACUAGUCACUAAAAACUUUGACUACUAUGAUGAAUCUCAAUCACAAAUCGAUAACUUUGACUUCUCAAGGACUCAGCCGAGAUCUAGGAAAGUGAGAGAUGUCAGCCAAGCCAAUGAGUACCUCGCCCAACUCGGUAGCUCUUCCACCAUCCUUUACGUAUCCCUAGGAUCAGCCCUAUUCAUGUUAGUAGCGGUCACACUGUCCGUAUACACCUACAAAAAGAAUAGGACACUAAGCCAUAAAACUAUACAAGUAAGAGCGAAUGUUCAAAAGCAAAGUCCUUGUUAGAAUGUUGAGUUUUAUACCCAGUUAAUAUAAGGGAUGUGAUAUAUUUUUACCAGUGAAACUGAAUCUUUGUUUUUUUAGUCUCGAUUUAAAAACAGAACAGAAGUAAUUGUAAGAUCUAAAAUGUUUCUAUAAUUCGGUAGCUUAUCCCUUGCUUCAUAUAUUUUACAGUACGUUUUCCUAUGAAUGUUAUAAAUGAUUAUCAUAAUUUUAUCACUGCCUUCUUAUGCUUUUAAAAUUGAGGCACUUAUUUCUGUAAGUUAACGUAGUGCCAUAUUGUAUAUUAUAUUAUUUCUAUAUAUUUUUAUUUUAUAUAAAAACGUAGCCUUGCGCAUGUUACCUAUUAUGGCCCUAGUCAAAUUAAAUACUUAUAAUAACAAUCGCAUCGAAAAUCGAUACUGGAAUAUGCAUAAUUUUGCAAUGUUUUAUAUUACUCAAAUUUGUGAUAUUUUUCUAUUUUUGUAAAUAUAACUGCCAGUAGUAGCCGUGGCCAUUCAGUAGAUAAUAUUAUAAUUUUAUUAUAGUAAAUAUAACUAUUAAUAACUAAUAUGUACAGUAUAAUAAACAAAAGUUUGCAUUCUGCAUUGUUAGCCUUAUUUGUUGUGAGAGAAGAUUCAUGUUUUGUAUCGAAUCUUCUACAAUGCGGUUUGCAAAUACUUAAUAAUAUGAGAUAUACAUAAAUGAAUUUUGUAAUGUUUUUAUGAGAUUGCUCACAUGACAAUCUGAAUAAACCAUUCUAUGAAUGUAAUAAUUA